ACGUUCAAUGAUCUUUUAAUUUAUAAAGAACUUGUUCAAUGUUAUACUAUAUAUAUGAUCCUCUCCUUCCCUCUAAUAAACCACAAGCAUAAUAUUGCAAGAGAGAUAUUCAUCAUCAUAGAGUAAAAGCCUAGAUUGAAAAGAAAGCAAGCAAAGAUGUCUGAUCAAUGCGAAGGUAAGGAUUCAUGGCCUGAACUGUUGGGAGCUCAGGGAACAGUUGCAAAGGCAACAAUUGAGAGCGAAAACGCUUCGGUCAAAGCAGUGAUAGUGCUAGAAGGAACAAGUGUCACUGACGAUUUCCGGCUUGAUAGGGUUCGUGUUUGGGUCAAUACAGAAGGGAUUGUCACCAGUGUCCCUAAAAUUGGGUAAAUGAUGGAUUGAUCGUCCAUAACCAUGGCUACUAGCUAGUCUCUUUCAAACCUGUGAUGAAAAUCAUAUGAAAUAAUCCUGAAAUAAUGACUUGUAUUUCCAAAUUGUAUUAAUCAGAUGGUUGUUUGUUUUCCUUUCAGUGUAAUCUCAAUCAAUCUGUAUAAAGAAAUUAAAAUGUUUAUUUUCACGAGCAAGAAAUCGAUAAAGCAAGUUUAUUUUCUCAAUC